UUGUUGGCUUUGGUCGAGCUUUGACUGAAACAACACACAAAAACAACGAGAAGUGCUCGUGAGUGAUCAUUCUACAGCUACAGGGACCCAAAAAUGCAAGAGGCGAGUGUUUACACUCCGCAUCGCAUUCUGGUGACUGGCGGUGCUGGGUUUAUAGGGAGCCAUGUGUGCGCGUUCUUGCUUCGAGAGUACCCGCAGUACCGCGUCGUCUGCUUGGACAGCCUGGAGCCCUGCGCGUCAUUGAAAAACCUCGACGCGGCAUUCGAGUUUGGCGGACCACAGCCCAUCACCGCUGCCGCCAGUGCAUGUCUGGAUGGCGUUUCAGAGCCCUUGCCAUCGUUGUUGCUUGAUGAUGGCGCGGCGCAUGGAGCGCGAGGAGAGCAAAAUCGCCUGCAAGACCGCUCAAAACCGCCCGCUAUCAAUGCCUCUUCUACCGCUCCCAGUCCUGCAGUCUCGCUCGCAACGCCCGUCAAGCAGGCCAAUCCAUCGCAAACGCUUGGUAGUUUGACUCCUCCUCCGCCGCGUUUCCGAUUCGUGCGAGGAAGCAUUGAAAAUGUUCAACUCCUCCAACAGCUGUUUGCAGACGAAGCAUUCGACACGGUGCUCCACUUUGCAGCGCAGUCGCACGUCGAUUUGUCGUUCGGGAACUCGUUAAAGUUCACCCAGACAAACGUCUUGGGUACGCAUGCGUUGAUUGAGUGCGCGCGGCUGGCCGGCGUCAAGCGCUUCAUUCACGUCUCCACGGACGAGGUGUAUGGCGCGACUGCCGUUGGCCACGCCCAUGCGCCAGAGGAGCAGCUUCCCGAUCCAACAAACCCGUACGCGUGCUCCAAGGCUGCAGCUGAGCUUGUGGCAAAGUCAUACAUGAUGUGCUUUGGCAUGCCCAUCAUCAUUACGCGCAGCAACAACGUUUAUGGCCCAGGUCAAUUUCCCGAGAAGGUUGUACCAAAGUUCAUUCUGCGUUUGCUUCGCGGAGAAAAGUGCUGCUUGCAUGGAGACGGAUCUGCUCUCCGAACGUACUUGCACGUUGAUGACGUCUGUGCGGCCUUCGACGUUGUGCUGCACCGCGGACAUGGCGGUGAAAUUUACAACUUUGGCUCUGACGACGAGCUCUCCAUCCGUGACUUGGCCAAAACCCUUGUCCGCCAGAUCCGGCCCGACUGCGAUUGCGAUGAAUGGAUUGAGCAAGUCGACGAUCGUCUCGUGAAUGAUCGCCGGUAUUCCAUCAGCUCGGCAAAACUCGCCGCCCUGGGCUGGGUUCCGCGUGUGGGCUUUCUAGCUGGACUGCAAAGUACUAUUGACUGGUAUCGUCAGCACAUCCUGGAAAACCACGAACCUUACUGGUCCGACUUUGAGCUUGCGUUGCAGCCGCAUCCGACGCUGACCAGUGAUUCGAAUGGGAAAAACGUGUUGUAGCCUUUAUUUUAUUUGUUUUUCCG